AUGCACUUGAACCCAGACUGCAAGGGCGUCAAACUCGUCUCGGAUCCAUCAGCAGUUCCACAAGAAUACAAAGUCGAAGACAGCCUAGCAUUCGUACCCAAGAAGCUCUGGAGCGGAGGUGUUUGGUACACAGCAUUCUUCAAGGCCGUCGAGGAUGGUUGCGACAUCACAAUCCAAGCACCCGGUGGCUUUACUUCCGUCAACAAGUGGCGUUUGAUCAGGAAGCCAGAUGGUUCGCGCGCAAUCUCGAUUACCAGCGAUGCAAAGUGCAGCAAGACUUUUGCAUACUUUGUCAAGAGAUUUUUGGAGACGCAGCAUGGUCAACUACAGCGCACAUUCAACGCGCGAGUCGAAUCAGUCGCGAGACCCGGUAUCCCCCGAAGAAGAUCAUCAAUGCCUGGAUCUUUCAGAACAAUGGGUAGUGCUCGAGACAUGGUGGCCGCCUAA